AUGCGCGAUCGAUCACACAAUCCAGUUACCGACAUACCUAACGUCAAUUACGAAAAUGAUAUAAACUAUAAUCUGCAAAUGUGUCGAUGGACUUUGAAGCUUACUGGCAUUUGGCCGAUCGUUUACAGUCGUACCAGCAAACUGGAAAAAGUAAUUUCGAUCAUCGUGCUGAUAACGUGGUUCUCCUACUUAUUGUUAUCCCUCAUACCUCCUGGCCGCUUUAUCAUUUUCGAAAAGAAUACUCUAUACAUAAGAGCAAAGAUGUUCGGUCCAGUUGCCUUCACCCUAACGUCCACGAUUAAAUACCUGUACCUCGUCCUGAAGGGAACGAUAUUCGAACGUUGCAUCGUUCAAGUUGAAAAGGAUUGGAAAAUGGUCGAAAACAUAACUCAUCGCGGUAUCAUGUUAAAAAACGCGUCUGUCAGCAGAAAGCUGAGCACUCUGUGCGCCGUUUUCAUUUACGCGGCUGGAUUGGCGUAUCAUACGGUGAUGCCAUUCUUAUCCAAAGGGCGUAUGAAAGGAAACACGACCAUAAGGCCGUUGAUUUAUCCUGGCUACGAUGCGUUCUUUGAUACCCAAUCUAGUCCAAACUACGAAAUCAUAUAUUCUCUUCAGUGUUUUACCGGCUUCAUAAGGUACAGCGUUACGGUGGCUGCGUUCAGUUUGGCUGUGAUUUUUAUAACGCACAUCUGCGGACAGAUCCAGACCCAGAUAGCGCGAUUGAAAGAUUUGAUUGGAAGAAAGUGGAAAAACGAUUCAUAUCGUAACCCGUUGGACGGCAUUAUUCGAGAUCACGCCAAGACCUUAAGAUUUGCUAAGAACGUUGUAGAAGCUUUGCGCGAAAUAUGUUUGGCGCAAAUCGUGGAAUCUACCUUGAUUAUAUGUUUGCUCGAAUACUAUUGUUUGAGGGAGUGGCAGAAUAGCGAUGCUAUUGCUAUAUCAACAUACUCCAUUUAUCUAAUUUCCUUCACUUUCAAUGCAUUUAUAUUUUGUUACAUAGGUGAAAUUCUAUCCGAUGAGUGCAGCCAAAUUGGUCCAGCUUGUUAUGAAAUCGACUGGUACACUUUGCCGCCAAAGAAAGCUUCUAAUCUUAUUCUAAUGAAUGCCAUAUCGCUCUAUCCGCCAAAACUUACGGGCGGAAAAAUAAUCGAAUUAUCGUUAUAUACUUUUGGCUCCAUAUUGCAAAAUUCGGUAGUUUAUCUGAAUUUACUCCGAAAGUUUAGUGACUGCAAACUGGAGAAAGGACUCUCGAUCAUCACGAUGAUAUUGUGGCUCACCUAUCUGAUGUUCUCCCUCAUACCUCCCAGCCUCUAUCUAAUUUUCGAAAAGAUGUCGCUAUAUUUCAGAGCAAAACUGUUCGGUCCAGUCGCCUAUUGUCUGCUGGCUACGAUCAAAUACGUGUACCUCGUUAUGAGGGGAUCAACGUUCGCGAGUUGCAUCACUCACGUUGAAAGAGACUGGAGAAUGGUCGACAAUCCAAUUCAUCGUACUAUCAUGUUACAAAACGCUUCCAUCAGCAGAAAGCUCACCACUUUGUGCGCCGUUUUCCUUUACACCGCAGGAUUGGCAUUUUACACUGUGCUACCGUUCUUCUCCAAAGGGCGUGUGAAAGGAAACAUGACCACAAGGCCGUUAAUUUAUCCCGGCUACGAUGCAUUCCUCGAUACUCAAUCCAGUCCAAAUUACGAAAUCCUAUAUUUUCUUCAGUGUUUUUCUGCAUUUAUAAGGUACAACGUUACGGUGGCUGCGUUCAGUUUGGCUGUGAUUUUCGUAACGCAUAUCUGCGGACAGAUACAGAUACAGAUGGUGCGGUUGGAGGACUUUGUUGGUGACAAAAAUGCGAGGGAUAUGCAUCCACAUCCAUUAAACAUCAUCAUCCGAGAUCACGCAGCGAUUUUACAAUUUGCUAAGAACGUAGAGGAAGCUUUGAGGGAAAUAUUUCUCACGCAGAUCCUGGAGUCUACGUUAACUAUCUGUUUGCUAGAAUACUACUGUUUGAGGAAAGGAUCAAUUUUCACUAAUUGUAUAAUUCGCGUGGAGAGAGAUUGGAAAGCUGUGGACAACCCCAAUGAUCGAUCUCGUGCAAUAAUCGAGAUUCUACUACUAGACUCUACGCAACAAUCUCAAUGA